CGUGGACACUGGACAUUAUAAUUUAUACUAUUCACACGAAACGACAUUAACCAUAUUUCUGAUUUCAAUUAUUUAAACUUUUUAUUUUUAUUUACUCAAUUGUAAUAACUGAUCAAUAAUAAAAUAGUUCUAACUUUAUGAUAUAUUUACAUGAGAACGAUUCAAAAUGAUACCGCCAAAAGGCUAUUGUGAUUUACGCGUCGAAAAAAUCAACAAAGAUAUAAUUAAUGCAUAUGUUGCACUCGGUUAUAAUAUGAUCGCUGUGAAUACCACGCUUGAUUCGUUCUCAUUAGACAGUGGUGUAUCGAAUAGAAAAAAACGUAAGAAACUCGAAAACACUGACAAUGAUAGUACUCAACAGGACUGUAUACCACCCAUUAAACCCAUAGAAAAUGAUUCAAAUUUAGUUAUACUUAAUCGGUUAACGAUAAAAUUGGCAAAUCCUGGACAAUUUCAAAAACUUUCGAGUUCAAAAAAUUUCAAAUCGUACGAUAUAAUGGCCGUAGAACCACUUAACGAACAAGUUUGUCAAGAAAUAAUUACUUCGCAACUAGUCGACAUAAUUGUGUGUAAUGUAAAAAAUGGCGUGAUCUCUGCCAAAGGCUAUAAAGUUGCAGUGGACAAAAAUAUACAUUUUGAACUUUGCUACGGACCCAUGGUCAACGGUUAUUUCAUGCGACAAGAUACCAUAACCCUUGCUCACAUGCUGCACAUGAAGGGAAAAUCAAAAAAUAUUAUCGUUUCGAGUGGAGCCAACGUGAAGACCGAUAUUCGCAAUCCGCAUGACAUCAUAAAUCUAGGAUUGCUGUUGGGCCUUUCGAACAAGCAGUCAAAGGACUCGGUUACUGAAAAUUGUCAUUUAGUUAUUCUGAAAAGCUAUGGAAGAAAGUUAGGAAAAUCGGCAAUAAAUGUUAUACCGAUCAAUGAUAGAGAACAGAAGACCGUACAAGCAUCCAAAGUUAAACUGUGAUAAUAAUUACAUUACGAGUAUUAUUGUAAUUAUUAAUGUUAUUAUCAGUAAUUAAUUGAUGAUCAUUUAUUAAUUAUUAACGUGUAAUAUUUCUCAGACGGCAUCAUCAGCUGGCAUGAAAUCAACAUCAGCAAACAUGUAUAAGUUUGAUGCCGCUGAUGUUGACAAACCGUAUUUAUUUUCUGUUAUUUCAAUCUAUAUACAAUGAUAAUAGAUAAAAUAAAUAUAUUUUUAAUUUUGAUAAUUAAAAAAGACUAAGUUUUUGAUGUUAGAUAUUGUAUACGCGUUUAAUUGUAUUAAAUAAUGUAUGCAUAUAUUUUACAAUGUGUUAUUAUAAUUUUUUUGUGUGUAUGUA